AGAAUCUCGAGAUUUAUGGAUUGCAGUAUAUAGUAAAGUUAGUGAACUCAGAGGCAAUGCAAAUAAGAUCUCUUUAUAAAGUAAGAGUCGUGAAGGUAGCCUAUUGCAAUAAUCUACUGACCAUUGCACAACUUGAUUCGAGUAGAUCGUUACAAGAUCUUGAGACACUUGAAGUAGAAAACUGUAAAGCACUGGAAGUGCUGUUUGACUUUGAAUGUGACAAGGUUACAAAAGAUCAUGCUGAAAGCGUACUUGGUCGACUGAGAUCACUGCAGCUGAAAUAUCUAGACAAAUUAGUGCACAUUAUAGGGAUCGUUCCUAAAGGAAUUCGUGUCUUCGAGAAUUUGACAUCAAUUGUUGUUGAAAGAUGUGGCAUCUUGAAGUAUCUAUUCUCACCUUCAAUGGCCUAUUCUCUUGUGGCUCUGAACGAUCUAGAGGUUUUAGAUUGUGGAUCAAUUGAAGAGAUUAUUGGAAAUGAAGAAGAAGGCACUUCAGAGAUUAAAAUAGCUGAAGGAAUGAAAACCAGAAUUGUGUUCCCUAAUUUAAACCAUCUACUACUCAAGAAUCUUUCAAGCAUUCAAAUGUUUUGUUCUCAGAACUGUGAACUCGUAUUCCCUUUAUUGAAGGACUUGACUAUUGAAAAUUGUCCUAUGAUGACAAAAUUGAGUCCAUGGCCAAUAAGUGCACCGAAGCUUGAUAUUUCUGAUUUGUUGGAUAAGGCAGGCGGCUUGGCAGAGGAGAAUCAAGUUUGUAACAAAUAAAAAUUACUUGAGAAAUAUGAAGUUCCUAAUUUCCUAGGUAUAAAUUCUGAUGAACUCAUUUCUUAUCUAUGGAAUAUCUAUUUGAAUUCUACUGAUUAAAUUAUUAAAACUCGUGUAAUAAGUACUCUUACUCUUGUUUGAAAUGCUUGCAAUA